CCGUAGUCCAGAACUACCAUCCGACCUACCGAGUAAUUUUACAGCAAAUCCCGGUAGCAACAUGAUCCGCGAAGGUGUUGUUCCACCGUCCAGAUCUCCUUCUCCAGCGCUUUGUAUCUUUGGUGCUCAUAUGACUGGCACGCCACUACCUCCGGUACCUCCGGAAAUGGGAGGAUCGCCACGUGGAACCUUGAUUCUGACCCAUACCCAGCCUACCUUCCCGAUUUUUUAUUGCAGUAAUAUUGUAGUUCCCGACACAAGAAGCCCCAGUCCUGCUCCAGCUCACGUUCAACAAGAUGCAACUCCUAGUACUAGUCUACUUGACCCGAACCGUCGUGAUGAGCCGAACCUUCUUGGCGAACCGAGUCCUGGAGAUGGCUUGAACGCGGCUAACGCGACUAGUCAGGACGCUGGAAGAGAACUAGCGGAGACCGUCUCGUGCUUGCCUGGUCAGGUGGACCCCGAACAUCAGUCUCGAGAAACUACUCCUAUGCCUCCACAUCUGCAGCAGCCUGCAUUCGCAUUGAUGUCUCCUGGGGCAUUGUCUCCUACUGGGGGAGCACAGCAGCUUCCACAUGUGCUGGUGGAAAGGGAACCAUUAGCAGAAACCAUGAAGAAACCAGGGAAAAACGGACCACGAGACGAGGAAGUAGAUCGCUCCGAGGAUGCAACACCACGACUAGGACAGAGACCAGGCAAACGACGGAAGACGAGCAAAGGUGGUAGCAAAGACGGUAGUAGCAGAGCCAAUAGCGAAAAUGGAGGUCCUCCUUUCAAAAGAGAUCGCACCAACGAAGAUCACUACAAUAGUGGAAAUGGAACUGGUAUGAACCCACAUAUUGCUUCUUCUUCUGCCAUCGGCAAUGGCGCCAACAUUCCCGGGAUGAACUUGACUGGAAAAAUCUCACCUGAUUCAUCUGCUGCGAGUACGACACCUGGAGGGCUUUUCCUAUUGUGUACAACUUCUGGCUCUCCGUCUCCUCCACCAUCAAAUGGAAAUCACUCUGCCCCGCCACCAAAUCUGUUUGCUCAAAGAACUAGUAUCUUCCCAGCACCACCUAGUAGGAGCCCAAGCCCUCCAAUCGCAGGCCCAACCGGAGCUUUUCAUCUAGUACAGCUUAUGAACCCAACUGGUACUGCAGCUGCAGCCACCUCCGAUCAUCAACAUCUUCAAGUGGGUAUAAAUGUUCAAGCUGUUGGAGGGAGCUGCACCAGCCUGCAGGACUUACAUCGAGCAGGUUCGCCGCCUGUGAUCGGGCACUUAGUUUCACGAGGACCCGGAUCACCCGUAUUCGACUUAGUCGUGCCAGUUGACUCACGAAGGGUGCCAGGAGGAUCCGUGCCAGGAGUUGACUCACGAACUGGAUCCCCCGUGUUUGAGUUUGUUCACAUGUCAAGAGGUCCUCACUCUGGUCCUGAACGGGUGAACAGUCCUGGUCCAUCCUCUGCAGAAAAUGGAACCUUUCGAGUGACCAGUCCAGGAGUGGUUCUCGUUCCCGUGAAUGCUCCUGUUGGUGUGGCAACUGAAUUUGCAGCAGCACCGACACGAGUUGGCUCUCCAGCAGCAGCAGCAGCAGCAGUAGCACCGACACAAGUUGGCUCUUCACGACCGGUUGGAAACUCUUCGGGAGCAGUAGUUGAAAACUCUCCGCUGGUGAAGUCCGGAGCUAGUGACGAAGCAGGUGGAUCCGAUCAUGAAAUCAGACGCACACCCUCUCCCGUAGGGGUCCCAGCCGGGAUGGGAAUAAUGGCAUUUACAACCAUUAACCAAGACCCAGGUCAAAAAACUGCGGGGGCGGUACUAUCAAGAGCUGCAGGUCCACCUAGUAUUGACGCAUCUUCUCUACAACUACCUCGACACAGUAAUCAACCUGUUCAUCCACAACAUGAUCCAAGAGCAGUG